AUGCCAUUAGCUAAAGAUCUCCUUCAUCCAUCAAUGGAAGAAGAACGCCGAAAACACAAGAAGAAACGACUUGUUCAAAGUCCAAAUUCAUUCUUUAUGGAUGUUAAAUGCCCAGGUUGUUACAAAAUUACAACAGUCUUUAGUCAUGCACAAACUGUUGUUUUAUGUGUUGGCUGCAAUUAUGUACUUUGUUCACCAUCAGGUGGCAAAGCACGUCUUACAGAAGGUUGCUCAUUUCGGAAGAAACGUGAUACACCAUUGGCACGUAAAGAUGAUGCCGAACGAAAUUAA